CAAAUGUUAGCAGGCGAUUCAAGUGCUUAUAAAUUGAUUAUUUAAAUCAGUACCAGAAGUUAAGUGUUACUAGGUAACAAUGUUGUUAACAAUUCAAGCGAAUAAAAGUUUUUGCAAGUUUUUAAAAGUUAAUAAUCAUGUACGUGCAAUGAGCUUAUUAUUAAAUAAAGCUUACGUAAACGGUGAAUGGAUUUCGGCUGGUUCUGGUAAAACAUUUCAAGUAAAAAAUCCAGCUAACAAUGAAGUUGUUGGUAGUGUACCUGACAUGGAUGUAAAAGAUGCGGAAAAAGCAAUAAAUGCAGCACAAGAAGCUUUUAAAACAUGGAGUCAAACUACUGCAAAAGAACGUGGAAUUUUACUACGAAAAUGGUAUGAAUUAUUGAAUAAACAUGGGGAUGAAAUUGCAAGAAUUAUGACCUCUGAAUCGGGUAAACCUACAAGCGAAGCGAAAGGUGAAGUUGGUUAUGGUAAUGCGUUUGUGGAUUUCUUUAGCGAAGAAGCUCGACGUACUCAUGGUGAUUUGUUAGAAAGUCCCAUUAAAAAUCGACAGUUAAUGAUUAUAAAACAACCAAUUGGGGUAGUAGGAUUAAUUACACCAUGGAAUUUUCCGCAUGCAAUGAUUACACGAAAAGCUGCAGCUGCUUUAGCAGUUGGAUGUACGUGUGUGAUUCGACCAGCCGAAGAUACUCCAUUAACUGCAUUAGCGUUAAUAAAAACCGCCGAAGAAGCUGGAAUUCCAAAAGGUGUAAUAAAUGUUGUAACAAGUGAUCGUUCAAAUGCCGGUCCGAUUGGUAAAUUGUUGUGUGAGAGUCCUCUAGUGGCUGGUAUUUCAUUUACUGGCUCAACUGAAGUUGGUAAACUGCUUUAUCGGCAAUGUGCAAGUGGUGUAAAACGUAUUGGUUUAGAGCUUGGAGGUAAUGCGCCAUUUAUUGUAUUCAAAUCAGCGAAUUUAGAUUUGGCUUUACAAGGUGCAAUUGCUUCGAAAUUCCGUAAUUGUGGACAAACUUGUAUUUCUUCAAAUCGAUUUUUAAUUCAUGAAAGUAUAUUCGAUGAAUUUUUACAACGUUUUAAGAAAGAAAUUAAAUCGAAACUAGUUCUUGGCAAUCCAAGUAAGCCAGGUAUUACGACGGGACCUUUAAUUAACGCUGCACAAAAAGAGAAAAUAGUUAAAUUUGUCAACGAUGCUCGAGAUAAAGGUGCUCAUAUUGUAAUAGGCGGUAAACCGGCGGAUAACAUAGGAGAUUUAUUUUACGAACCAACGAUUAUUACGAAUGUUAAAGAAGACAUGUUAAUUUAUAAGGAGGAAGUUUUCGGUCCGAUUGUUACCUUGCUACGAUUCAAAACUGAAGAAGAAGCUGUACGAAUUGCAAAUUCAACACAACGUGGUUUAGCUGGAUAUUUCUAUUCACAAGAUGUUUCACAAAUUUAUCGUGUAUCACGACAAUUGGAAACGGGUAUGGUGGGUGUUAAUGAAGGUUUAAUUUCAACAGCAGAGGCUGCUUUUGGUGGUAUUAAAGAAUCCGGUAUUGGACGAGAGGGGUCGCAUUAUGGUUUAGAUGAAUAUCUUUAUUUGAAAUAUAUUUGCUUGGGUAAUUUAGAUCCAAAUCCCACUUGUUAAACAAUUAUUAUUUUUAUUGUUAAUUUUUAAACUAUUGUAUUUUUUUUUUAAUUGUUUUUAUUUUUUAAACACUCCUCUCUAAAAAACGAUGACUAAGUCUUCCAAAUCCAUUGUCUUCCAUAAUUUUUAUCGCGAAAAAAUUAUAGUCUUGAUAAAAUAUAUAUUUAAAAAUUAGUG